UCUCUCUCUCUCUCUCUCUCUCUCUCCCCCUCUCUCUCCCUCCAGCUCCCGGCUGGCCGCGGCUCCCUCACGCUCUCCCUCUCCCUCACUCUCCCUCUCUCUCUCUGGUAGGCUCUACCGAGCGAUGCGAGCUCUGGGAGACAGCGACGCCGUCUCCCGCUAGAGACCUGCCCCCCGGCCCGGCCCCCUGCCCAGCCCUGCCCAACGCGCGGGGGUCGGCGAAGGCGCCGCGGACGCACCGACGGCUGAGGACCGGCGAUGCACAUGCACUAGCGGCACCCCCUAACUCACUCCCUCCACACCCCGCGCCGCCGCCGCCGCCUCCUCCACCGCCUCCUCCUCCGCCGCCGCCUCCUCCUCCUCCGGCAGCCGCGGCAGAAGGACCCACCCUGCCCCCCACUCUACCCUCCGCCGGCUCCGGCUGCGGCUCCAGCCUCGACUAUUAUUUUAUUUAUUUUGGGUCGUGCACCAGCCUCAGUGUCUGCAGCCCGCGCCUCCUCGGCUCCGGAGCCCCAGGCCCAGACCACCCUUUCUCGACACCCCCAGACUCCUGCCAGCUGCCGCGAGUCUCCGCUGCUGGAAUCUUGUUAGCGGCAGUCUUUUCGGGGGGCUCUUGUUUCUCGACAUUUUUGUUUCUAGCCAAGGAGAAGAUAUCGUGAUUUCCCCCCCCUUUAAGCCCAGGCUCUGCUCUCUGGGGGGGUGGGGGGCGCGCCGAGCCGGGAAGCCGUGCCAGCCGAGUCGCGCGGGCUGUGGCAAGGAAGGGGCCACCAUGGGAUGUACUCUGAGCGCAGAGGAGAGAGCCGCCCUCGAGCGGAGCAAGGCGAUUGAGAAAAACCUCAAAGAGGAUGGCAUCAGCGCUGCCAAAGACGUGAAAUUACUCCUGCUGGGGGCUGGAGAAUCAGGAAAAAGCACCAUUGUGAAGCAGAUGAAGAUCAUCCAUGAGGAUGGCUUCUCUGGAGAAGAUGUGAAACAGUACAAGCCUGUCGUCUACAGCAACACCAUCCAGUCCCUGGCAGCCAUCGUCCGGGCCAUGGACACUUUGGGCAUCGAAUAUGGUGACAAGGAGAGAAAGGCCGACGCCAAGAUGGUAUGUGACGUGGUGAGUCGGAUGGAAGACACCGAGCCCUUUUCUCCAGAACUGCUCUCCGCCAUGAUGCGGCUCUGGGGGGACUCAGGAAUCCAAGAGUGCUUCAACCGGUCUCGGGAGUAUCAGCUCAACGACUCUGCCAAAUACUACCUGGACAGCCUGGAUCGGAUUGGGGCUGCCGACUACCAGCCCACUGAGCAGGACAUCCUUCGAACCAGGGUCAAAACCACUGGCAUCGUAGAAACCCACUUCACAUUCAAGAACCUCCACUUCAGGCUGUUUGACGUUGGGGGUCAGCGAUCUGAACGUAAAAAGUGGAUCCAUUGCUUUGAGGACGUCACAGCCAUCAUCUUCUGCGUCGCACUCAGCGGCUAUGACCAGGUGCUCCAUGAAGACGAAACCACGAACCGCAUGCACGAGUCUCUCAUGCUCUUCGACUCCAUCUGUAACAACAAGUUCUUCAUCGAUACCUCCAUCAUUCUCUUCCUCAACAAGAAAGAUCUCUUUGGUGAGAAGAUCAAGAAGUCACCUCUGACCAUCUGCUUCCCUGAAUACACAGGCCCUAAUACCUAUGAAGAUGCAGCCGCCUACAUCCAAGCACAAUUUGAAAGCAAAAACCGCUCACCCAACAAAGAAAUUUAUUGUCACAUGACUUGUGCCACAGACACGAAUAAUAUCCAGGUGGUAUUCGACGCCGUCACCGACAUCAUCAUUGCCAACAACCUCCGGGGCUGCGGCUUGUACUGACCUCUUGUCCUGUAUAGCAACCUACUUGACUGCUUCACGGACUCUUUGCUGUUGACGUUGAUCUCCUGGUAGCAUGACCUUUUGGCCUUUGUAAGACACACAGCCUUUCUGUAUCAAGCCCCUGUCUAACCUACGACCCCAGAGUGACUGACGGCUGUGUAUUUCUGUAGAAUGCUGUAGAAUCCGGUUUUAGUUGAGUCUUUACAUUUAGAAUUUGAAAGGAAACAAAGAAUAUUUCUCACGUGCUUUGUAGCUUUAAAAAAAGAAAAAAAGGAAAACUCACCAGUUCAUCCAUAUUUCUUUUUCUUUUUAAAUAAAGAAACGUCCACAUCUACACUCAUGCCCUCCCCAUCGCACCUUGUGGCGUGGCCCCCAGCGCACCUGCAGAGGCGCUGGCCCAUCUGCCACCAAGGGCUCCUGUGUGAUGCACUGGCUGGCAGGAGUGUGCACAGGCCGGGAUUUCCAGAAGGCACAGGCCACUGCAAGCCCUGCUGCCUGUCAGCCUCCCAGACAUGUCGGACACUGAGCAGUGGCAGCUCCCACUGUCCCAGCCAAAGCCACUCCAGCCACACAAUCCAGGUUUGCAGAGAAAAAGCACAGCUCUCACUGGCCAGUAGCUGCCAAAAAGAAUUCCUAUUGUAUGUGGGUAUAAAGAAAUAGAGCCCUACGGAAAAGGAUUUUCCUGCCAACCCCCUUUCUACAGAUUUCCUUUGUUUUUUUAAAAAUUUUUGUCCUGUGCUAUCUAGUACAUACCAGAUCAGCUAUCAUAGUCUUGAGGUGAUGGGGUUGUGGUUUUUUUCCUUUGCCAUUUUAGAUUUUCAGACUUUGAGGCGGAUGCCCUCCUUUCGUGUGUGUGCUCCCCCUCCACUCUUCCUUUGUUUCAGUGACCUGUGUUCGCUCUUUCUCAUGUGGGGAUGUUUGUGCUGCAGAUAAAAAGAACAACAACAAAAAAUUUUUAAAUACCACGUAAUGGAAAAAAAACACAAAAAAAAAUUUAAAAAAAAAAAGAUGGAAUGUAGUGUUUACAUUAAAGCCACAGUUUUCAUGAUCAGUUCUAUGUCAUUUCUACUUUGUCUAGUAUCCAAACCCCAAACCUCUUCACAGUUUCACUUUUAAGAAAAUAUUUGCUGAAGACCAGUCACAGCCAUUUCAAAUAAAGAGGAGGCAAAAAGAGAAGACACAUAAAAAAUUAAAAAUACAGAAAAAAAUACUUGAAAAAAAAAAAAAAGUAAAAAAGAAAAAAAAAAGCCCACGGAUCUUUCUAAGCCUUUCUACUCCCAGUCGGUGAGGUCUCUGUGAUAUCUUACACACUGCCAGUCACUUCUCUAAUGGAAAAGUCAUGUGCAGCUCAA